UAGAUUAUCGGCCACUGAUUUCAGUUUCUCAUUGCUUUAUUGUAUUGGGCAUUUAAGAAGCACUGUUUUCGCAUAUCCGCAUCUAUUCCUUGACUACAGACACAAAAGACCUUGCCGGGUUUUACUUUCAGUUACAUUCAAGACAAAAAGCACCAGACCUACUUUUUUGUUCUCCACCAAGAUCGCAACAACUUCUUGACACGCUCGCCCAACAUGGACAUACACAUCAGCUCUUCCAGCUAUAAAACACUCCAGACAAUGUCGGAGGUUAACCAACAAGCAUCCGAGCUAUUCACAUUACUUCUUUACUACCAGUACAAUGGCACCAGCAGCAGCCAACUAUUAUUCCGCUCCUCCUCAUGCACACCAGAAGCAACGUGGUUAUCGUAUCUGCGAUACUUGCGGUGCAGUUGAAAACCCACAAGCCCAGAAGUUCCGACUCUGCGGUGGUUGUAUGACCACCCAAUACUGUUCCCCUGAGUGCCAAAAGUCGCAUUGGCCUUCUCAUAAGACCAUCUGUCAGCACACCGCUGCUCAGAUGUCAGGAGCAAAACAGCAGGCCAUUGGACCCGCAUAUCCUGACGAAAAUUUGGCGAAAUAUCUUCGCAAGUUUACUUCGACACAUUCUUCACUUCUCGGAUGGGCCGGCUUCCAAGCCCUUCAAUUAAAGCGCCUGCCUGCCAAUAUCCGGCAAAGUGCGCUGCUUAUCGAGCUGAGCUACAAUGCUCACGCCGAAUCAUUAUACCGUUUCUCGGUAGCAAAUACGCAUAUAGUCUCACGGACAUAUGUGACCAGCCAUGAUCCCCUUGUUGCCGCUGAUAUCAGCCGGCGAGAGGAACGCUGUCGCCGCAGCGGGGGAAUCGGAACCCUUGUUAUACUCGUACAAUGUGGUGGCAUAAGCCAAGUUAUGCCCGUGGAAGUCGACCCACCCAGUAAAAUAUCGUGGGAUUCGCGAGACGAUUGGGCGGAAGUCCUCCGUCAUUUUGUUGAAUCUGGACGAACAGAUUUCAAACCUAUAUCCACGACUGCCAGGGGGUGAGCACUCAAAGUUUGAUGGAUCGGGUCGUGGAACUGACCGGAUCGUAUCUUAGGGUCGUUUAUGGCUAAUCUGACAUCAUCGCCUUUCUACUUAUGACUAUCUUUUGGCAACGUGGAUCGUUGCAUGACCAGCAUUUUUUUUUCGUUCCGCUGCAUCGUGUUCGGACAAUUUGUACUAUUUGCGUCGCAUCCAUUACAACUCAUCAUACCCCACGUUUUCAUGCUAUGUUGUAAUUGUACUGCAUGUCGAUUUAAUGGUUAUCAUUCAAUACAGUUGAAUAACAGCUA